AGUAUAAUGAAUAAAGAAUAAUGAGUAAAGAAACAUAGAAAGAGUUACAGAGAGCAAACGUGAGAAAGAAAGAAGGAAAGAAAGAAAGAAAUAGAAAAGGGAAAUUUGAGGAUUAAGGCCCUAAAGUUUAAUUGUAGCAAACGUAGCACCGGAUACGUCAUCAAAGAAGGGAAAAGAGAAAGUGAACGAAGAUAUCGAUUAAAUUCGAUAAAUAGUGGUUAGGGAUGAGAUAGAGCAGCUAAUGGAUGACGAUGGAGAUAUGGCGGAAAUGUAUCUUAGUGAGAAGAAGAGCAGGAUGGAGUGUGAUCAAUCUAUGAUGGGAUUCAGAUCAAACGACGGACUCUCUGUUUCUGCACCAGUGUCUCCUGUUUCUUCACCUCCUGAAUCCCGCAGGCUGGAGAAAAGCUUGAGCAUGGCAAGGAGCCGCCAUGAGAGCACAAAGAGUUCAGAGAGUGCUACUGAGAGUAUAGAGGAGCUGGAGAUGUUACUAGAAGCAUAUUUUGUUCUCAUUGAUAGCACCCUAAAUAAAUUGACAUCGUUGAAGGAAUACAUUGAUGACACGGAAGAUUUCAUCAACAUUCAGCUGGAUAAUGUUCGAAACCAGCUGAUCCAAUUCGAACUGCUACUCACGACUGCGACAUUUGUGGUUGCCAUUUUCGGGGUGGUAACAGGAAUAUUCGGCAUGAACUUUGCCAUACCGUUCUUUGAUGACCCUGGAGCAUUUAAGUGGGUCCUUAUAAUUACUGGGGUUUGUGGGAUAAUCAUAUUUUGUGCAUUUGUGUGGUUCUUCAAGUACAGAAGACUCAUGCCCCUAUAAGGAAAAUAAACCAAAUGAAAGUGAAUAUACCAGCAAAUGUUGGAUCAUAUUUUUCUAAGUUCUUUUCCUAUCCAAUUCCCAGCAAUGUAAUUGAAGAAAUUCUAUAUUAGCUGAAAUGGACAUUGAUUAUUUAUUUAUAAAUACAAA